UUCCUUAAUUGCUCUUCAUUUUUCCAAAAUUAUGCAUUAUGCAAUCCACGUGUUGUAACCAUUUCCACCUCUUAAUUAUAGAUAUUAAUUUUUCUUCGUUAAUUAUCACCCCAUUGACAUUUUGACACCGACUAAUUAUUGUUAACAAACAUAUCGCCACUUGAUUGGUAAAUUGUUGUGUAUUGUAAUUAAAAUGCUAUAUAUAUUAGAGUAGAGCCAGAGAUGAGGAUCUAAUUGAAAAGUAAAUAUUUCUUCGCUCAAUCUUUCUCUUUUCUAAAUGUCUAAAUGGGGAUAUUUUCUAUAUUGAAAUCUUCGGAGCAACAGUUUGCGUUAAAGGUACUCGACGAGUAUCUGAAGUACAGCGCAAGGCUCAGUGAAGCGAGAAUUUCUUUGGACUUCAUCCUCGAAUGCAUUGAGAGAAACCAGUAUCCAAAGUCCUAUUGGAAGUCUUUACGACGUUGCAGAGUUCGCCCGAAUAGUAAGACACUCAAGCGUCACGCAUUGAAUCAGAUCGACUCACUCAAAUCAUGUAUCACGGAAUUAUCAAAGAAUGUAACAGAAAGGUUUUAUGCUGUAGACGAGCUCCCAGAGCACUUGAAGAAACAGUUCCUGGAUUAUGUGAAUGAGGUUUCUGGAAAAAGAAGGGAAAAGAAACGUGUCAAAUUAUUACAAAGCCUGGAAAGCAAAACUCCAGAAAUGCGAUUUCCGCCAAACCCUGGUCGGUAUGUUUAUAAUUUUUCUGAUAUUGUUCUUGAUGACACUGAUUUGCAAGUAUUAUCCCUAGGCACUAAGUUUUGUGAUAAUCACGUUAGAAUUAAUAAGAUGGAUAUGCAAGUCCAGUUUGAAAACUUUUAUGCACAAACUGAAGGAUUGACACCCUCGUCAGCUGAGGCAGUUGAAAGUCUCAAAUCAACUCUCGUCGACUGUUGUUAUAAAUAUAUAAAUAGUAAACGGAGACAGAAUAGCUUAUUGACCAAGAAACACAGGGAAGCCCUAGAUAAGCUCCGAAAUAAUGAGAAUAUAAUAAUUUCGAAACCCGAUAAAGGCUCUGGAGUAGUAAUAAUGAAUAAGACUGAAUACAUAGAUAAGAUGAAUGGAAUACUCAGUGAUCAUCGAAAAUUUCAAAAAAUCACGUCUUCCGUCGAUCCAACAGAAAAAGUAGAGAAACAGCUAAUCGAGUCACUAAAAAGACUUAAACAACAAAGUAGCAUCAUAGAAGGUUUAUAUGAAUCUCUAAAGCCUACUGGCACGAUUACACCAAGAUUAUAUGGACUUCCAAAAGUGCACAAAAUUGGUUUACCACUUCGACCAGUGUUAGAUAUGUGUAAUUCCCCAUACCAUGCCACAGCAAAAUGGUUAGUCAAGCUCCUGAAACCUCUGCAUAAUGAGUUGGUAAAACAUAGCGUAAAUGGCAGUUUUGAAUUUGUUGGAAAAAUAAGAGAUCUUAAUGUGAAGGACAAGUUUAUGAUAUCUUUUGAUGUAUCCUCCUUGUUCACCAACGUACCGUUAAUGGAGACAGUGGAUUUUAUAUGUGAGGAGAUUACUACACGAAACAUAGACAUCGGCAUUUCUGUAUCCACCUUGAAGGAACUUAUUUUAAGAUGUACAAUGAACGUUCAUUUCUUAUUCAAUAAGGAAUAUUACAGACAAAUUGAUGGUGUAGCUAUGGGUUCCCCAUUAGGCCCAAUCCUAGCUGAUUUUUUCCUCGCUAAGUUAGAGAAUGGACCACUGAAAGGAGCAAUUAGUGACUUGGAUUUCUACUGUCGAUAUAUGGAUGAUACAUUUCUGGUCAUAAAAAACGAGGACGACGCAAUGAACAUCCUUGACAAGUUUAAUGAUGCCCAUUCAGCAAUAAACUUUACUAUAGAGAAAGAAAGUAAUGACUGUAUCUCAUUCCUAGACGUCUUCAUGGCAAGGAAAGAAGAUGGCACACUAAGAAGGAGUGUGUACAGGAAACCUACUACAACAGGACAGUACACUCAUUUUUUGAGUUUUGUACCUUUGAAAUAUAAACGCAACCUGGUAAAGUGUCUGGUUCAUAGAGCUAGGUUAAUCUGUUCAGACGACUGCUUCAAUGAGGAGCUUGAGAUUAUUAGAGAAUUACUUAGAAAAAAUGGUUAUCCAGAUAAGUUUAUUGAGAAAAAUAUGAAUUCAUCACCUAGGACAGUGACUAUGGCAACAGUUCCGAAAAAACCACUGUUCAUAAAACUUCAGUUCCUCGGCGACAACAUCAGCGAAAUAAUAACGCAGCGACUGAGGAAUGCAGUUAAAAGAGCUUAUUAUGCAGCAGAGGUACGCUGUCUCUUCACGACCACACCUAUCCUACGUUCGAGUAAUAAGGAUAAACUACCUAAAUUCGCCUCUUCUAUGUGUAUCUACCAGUUUGACUGCAGCUGCGGAGCCAGCUACAUCGGGCGAACAAUUAGGCAGGUUCAUCAUCGUAUUUCCGAACAUCAUCCGGCAUGGUUAAGCAAGGGACAAACAAAAUCUAUUCGUAGCUCUAUUUUAGCCCACCUUGUAGAUAGUGAGCAUAAGGUUGAUGUUAAUACUGCAUUUAAAAUUAUUUAUCGCAUUCCUACUAAUCUUAAUUUUGCUUUACGAGUUCGUCUUCUACAUACAGCUGAAGCAAUAGGAAUCCACCUGAAGAAGCCAAACUUGUGUGUCCAGAAGAAAUUUGUACAGCCACUUUCCUUACCUUGGCCAUCGUUACAUGACUGUAUAAACCGGACUACUCCAUCACCCUCCCCCUAGAAUAAUUUUUCUUUUUUAAAAAACUAUAAUUGUCCAAAUUAUUUUAUUUUUCUGACUACUUCAUCUUUAAUUACGUGUUAUCCUUGUAAAAAUUAUUUUAUUCUUAUGACCACUUCAACUUUAGUUACAAAUUAUCAUUGUCCAAAUUGUUUUAUUUUCUUUAACAAUCUGUUACGUAAUCAACCUGUGCACACGCUUAUUCCUUAAUUGCUCUUCAUUUUUCCAAAAUUAUGCAUUAUGCAAUCCACGUGUUGUAACCAUUUCCACCUCUUAAUUAUAGAUAUUAAUUUUUCUUCGUUAAUUAUCACCCCAUUGACAUUUUGACACCGACUAAUUAUUGUUAACAAACAUAUCGCCACUUGAUUGGUAAAUUGUUGUGUAUUGUAAUUAAAAUGCUAUAUAUAUUAGAGUAGAGCCAGAGAUGAGGAUCUAAUUGAAAAGUAAAUAUUUCUUCGCU